CUCAGCAACGGAUGAAGUUUUGAAGACGGCAGGCCGGUGCUUCACGGUCGCCUCAGGUCUCUCGGCCGCACCUCCAAACGAGCCUCCAGGGCGGCACGCGACCUCAGGACAAUACUGGGAAUAAGGUCCGAGUAACGAAGAUAUAAAGGAGGGGAAAAACGCCGUAGAAAAAUUUCCUCUAGAUUGGGGUACACUGCGUACUGUACGCAUCUUAAGCUCGCUACAUUUUCCUUUUACAUCCAGAUGAUUGAAAGUAUAUGGCAGUAAAUACCAUCACAGUUCUUCACCAUUAGUGUAUUUUCUACACAGUAGAGUUGUGCGUAUUGGCAAUGUACAUUGUUGUCUCUAGAUAGUGAUUGUCGCAACAAAACAUAACGAAGAACUUAGCAGGAUUCAUGACAUGAUUGAUCUGUUAAAUGAGUACUAUAGACCCGGGAUUUGUAAAGAUUGCUUCUUCGCAUCCUUUCCCACUCUAACGCUAGCUACAGUAAACCUACAAUAAAGGCUAUAAUUCUUUAUAGUGGCCCCCAUGUAUGUUGGAACACAGCUCCACACAAUUACAUUCCCUAACAUAUGACCUCAUAGAUUGAGGCCCAAAAAAGGCAUGUCGUUUUUACUUCACUUCAGUAGCUACCUCGUCGGAGGAAAUGUACCAAUCGAUGAUGGAGUCGAUAAGUUGAACAGAAAGUACACAAUUUUAAUCUUAGUAUCCUUAUCGUUGCCAUUGGUUACUAAACAGUUUGCAGGGGAUCCAAUUGAAUGUUUCACACCGACUUAUUUCACUGAACCACAAGCUCGGUACGUGAAUUCUUAUUGUUGGACGGCCAGUACGUAUUAUAUCAUUCCAGUUGACGAGGAAAAACAAUUGGUCACUAGAGUGCACUCUGUAACUUUUGAGGAAGGAGGUACAGCUUCCGUGACAGGCGAAAGAAUCAAAGUAAAUUACUACCAAUGGGCUCCAAUAAUAUUGUUAGUAGAGGCUGGUCUGUUCUAUGUUCCAUUUGCUAUUUGGAACGCCACUGCUAAAAACUCGGGCAUCAAGGUCGGUAGGUUGUUAAAGAAAGUAACCAUAAUUUCUCAAUACACUCCCGGCCAUCCUGACAGAGACGCACUCAUUGUAGAAUUUUUGGAUCAGUUCAACACCCUCAUGGGCGUCGCCAAAUGUUGCCCCGGUACAGUGUGCAAAUUCGACUGCAGCAGUUCGGCUUCCUGUGCUGGGGCUCCUUCGUCUUCCCUCUUUGUACUGUACAUGUUGAUAAAACUUUUGUACGUCGUUAAUAUCAUCGUUCAGUAUUUCUUACUGACAGUUUUUCUGGGAGAGGGCUACUUGUAUCAUGGCUUAGAGAUUCUCGAAAAGUUAGUUCAGAAAAAAGAGUGGUGGACAUCACCGCGAUUCCCUUUGCAAACUUUGUGCCAAGUUCGAGCUGCUCAGCAAGGCGCGUUACGAACUUACACAUGCCAGUGUGUCCUUCCAAUAAACCUGUUCAACGAAAAGAUUUUCUCGUUCGUGUGGUUUUUCUUCGCCACACUACUGCCGAUCACAAUUUAUAGUGGCCUAAUCUGGGUGUGGCGAACACUGACAUGCUCCCGAAUAGCCUUCAUCCAUUACUACUUGUGGCGCACUCGUCGUAUAGGCAAGGAGGACCUGUACAACAAUGCUAGGAAAAUGGCAGUCGAUUACCUGGGUUGGGACGGCUGUCUUGUGUUGCGACUCGUUGAAAUGAAUCACGGAGGAACCAUACUCACGACCCUCACAGAGAGGCUUUGGGAGUUUUAUGAAGGUCUGGAAAAGGCCCAGCAAGAUGGCGGUGACCCGGAUACGUUCAUGCACCAACGACAACCCCUUUACUCUUGUGGGCCAAUUCAACCGCCUCCUGCUGGGGCAGGACCUAGCACACAAUCUGCCCCCUAUCGCUUCUACGGGAGGCAUUUCAUCCCGGGGGCUUCAGGAGCAUAUCCAGGCUACAUGUGGAAUCACCCCGAAUUGGCUUCUCCCAGCUACUCCAGUUACCCCAGAAUACGAGGCAAGAUAAGUCUGCACGACAGAGGAUCGCUGUGACAGCUGCGAAGUUUCAACCGAUCAACACCCUGCCUUGGAAGCCAAAGUGACACUGACCGACCACCAGAUCGAGCCGUUCAGAUGAACGCCGCCACGCAGACUACCUCGCUAGAUUUUCGGCCAGUCCACUCCCGCCGCCGCAACUCUUCCAGUCUGGUCGCUUCUCUGCAGUCAUCAGAUGUUCGGUCCUCAUCCCACCUGCCAUUGAAACUUCUUAGUAACAAUUCUACAUUAUCAUCACCUCAUUCAUCGCUAAUGAAAAGCCUUAGUCACUUUGAGAAACGAAAUAGAAAUCCAAAUGUCAUUUACGAGCCAACAACUCGAAGUAAUCGCGCUGCAAAUCUCGAAAUUAUAGCAAUUGAACCAUCGCUACAUUAACUAAUUAUCUUCCUAAUCCCACCAAGUGCCAUUUCCACGGAACCAAUAAAAUGAGGAACCAAUUACACGUGUGAGUAUCAUGAGUGUCAUAAGUGAGUCGACUCUAAAGUAAGUCAUAAUUGACUGGUGAGUGACUCCUAGAGUCAUAAGUGAGUCGACUCGUAAGUGACUCAUAAUUGACUCGUAGGUGACUCAUAACUGACUCGCAAGUGACUUCUAGAGUCAUAUGUAAGUCGCGGCCACGUUAUUUCAAUAAUAUAUAAAUAGGCCAUGGGCCUAUUUCUUCAAUGCCGACACUUUUAUUCUAUUUUAUUCGCAUCGCAGCAUUGUGAGGCUCAAACAAGCGCCUACCUACCAACGUGAUAGACUCACAGGUUAGGCAGUGGGUCUUUCAAUAUGAUGGCGUAGAAUUUGAUACUAAACCUAACCCAGUUAUAAUGGUAUUUAGAAACCAUUUCCCUGCACUUUUAGGUUUAGAAUGCUUGUACCACCAAACAUUUCUCUCAUUUGAAUCGGCAUUUGUACCUGUGGGUAGAACUUUGUGUUUUCUUAACUAUUAAUGUACACGAAACAUGAAAUGUAAUAAGUUUUGGAAGGCUGAUGCAACCUAAAGCAAAGUUUACCCUAAAUUCAAGAAACUAAGCCCAGUUCUAGAAUUUUAUAUUAGCCAAUCUAUCACUUCGGUGGCUACUUAUCACGAGAACACCACUUAAAAAAUAUUCAGGCAAUAAAACGCAUCCAAGUCUCAGAUCCUUGAUAAUGUCCUCUAGUAAUUCGAAUGGGUUAUUUAUUAGGUGUUAUUUGACUUUGUAAAUACGAUAAUCAGUAAUCUCAUUUUACAGUUUAGUCUAAGUAUGUAUAACUUAAGAAAAUUUACAAGUGAUGUUUUAAUUAGAUGUAAAUAUUAAUGCCUCAAACUUUGACCUGUCAUACUGCCAUUCAGAACUCCUCUGUACAGGAAAAAAGUUCGAACUUUCAAGUCUUAUUUUCUGUGCGAGUAAAAUAUUGUUUAUACGAUAUUACUGUUCUAUAGAAGUUAUUUUUACAAGAAGUAGAUCGUGAUACUCAAGGUACAUUUCCAAACGGAGGCAUGCAUGCAAUGGAGGCAUCCAUCUAUCUAUCUAGGGAAAAUUUCGUCAAAAAUUGUAGGUUCACUAUAAUUUCCGCUUUGAUCUUAGUUUUUUAUGCAGCUAUAAUUCAAUUAGAUUUUUCGUAGCCGGUUUUAAAGAAAAAACUGCAUUGUUUGAGAAUGUAGAUUGAUGUUUGAAAGGUUUUAUAUGUACUCAGUUCAAUAUAUGAAAAUAGUUUUUUUUCAAUAUCGUAAAGUUAAUGCAACUGUACUCUGCAUGAAUGAUACAGAAAAUUUGUUUAUACUAACUAUCCAGUAUAACAAUAACAUUUUUUUUGUAAAAUAGUUUGAUUUUCAUUUUAAAACACCAAUUUUCGAAAUUAGAAACUUUCAUUUAGUGAUUUCAUGCAUGUAUAACAGAAACAAAUAAUUUUUUAAGGAAUUUCGUUGCAGUAAACCAUAAGAGUUCUUGAAUUCAAUGAUAAAGCACUAAAUGAGGAUUAGUCACUACUUCCACUUUAUAUAAAUUGUCAAACUACCAAUUCAAAUCACGUUUUACCCCGCUUCAAGCAAAUUAGUGAAGUCAUAGAUACCUGUUAAAGAAUAAAAUCAAGUAUAAUCCUCACUAACACUAUAAUUGUGAAAAUUGCCAGCCACCUUGUUUCCAUAAGACAUUAAAUUUGACAAUUUAUUCAAAUUUCACAGUGAUUACAUCCCAGAUACCAAUUAGUUUUUAAGAUUAAUUCGACUCUAAAAAUUGUUUUUACUGCCAUGUUCACAGCUCGCUUAAAUUAUCAGCAAGGACUUCGUUCUGCUUUGCAAUGUUUAUAAAAUUACAACACUAAACGCCAAUCUCGAUUAUCUACCUUAGAUAAUUAUUAUUCGUGUUGAAUAUAGACUUUAAUGAGAUAUUGUUCACAAAUAAUUUUAAGCUAAUAAGUAAUCUACUUAUAAUACCUGCUUCGAAUAUAACUUCAAGAAUUUAACCAGGCAUUCAAACGACACGAAAACAAUUUUAAGUUGAAUUUCAUUCAGCUCGUUGAAAGUAUAUUGAAGGAUUUGUAUUAUAUAUAUUUAUGCAGGAGAGUUCGCUGAGAAAAGUUAUA